UUGUGUGUUGUCCGGUGAGAGAGUAAACAAUAAAACCUGUGCUUAAUAAUACCAAAUGAAAUGCCUAAUAAAACUCGAGUUCGUUACGAGUGACUUGUUCUCUCUUUCUAUUGGCGCGUUCGUAGUGCCGCGUGAUAAACGGACGGUCCGGCAGUUAAUCCGCCUUUUUUUCUGUGCGUUCUAUCUUUUUCUUUUUUUUAUUCUUUAUCAGAGAUUAACGCUCGAAAGGACGACGAAAUAAGGCAUCGCAAGGGGAAAGCUGGGAUUUGUGAUUCAGAAACGAAUAAUUCAAAUAAUUUCUACCGUGUAUGUGCUUAAUUAGUUUUUAGAUCAAACGCAAUAACAACCUCCGUAAAUCAGCUUCGGUUUUCGACUAGUCAUCAAAAUGUCGCAGGAAUCUAUCGAUCGGUGCGGAAAUUCCAUCACUGCUUAUAUUCGUUCCAAAUCGGAUUGAAAACUCACGGAAUCUCUCGUGGAUUUGUGGCCGAAAACGAACAAAAAAAAAGGGAAGGAAAAAAAAAAUGUUUGGUACCCCAAAACACCCAGCUUUCUUAUCGAAAUCUUUGAUCAAAGUUCAAUUUGAAGAAGAAAAAGAACGUCCUUUCCAUUUCGACGAGAUAAGUGGCCGGAUUGGAAAACGGAGCAAUGAGACCGAGCUGACGGGACUAACGUCUUGAUUGGGCCCUCUCCAUUUUGCUUUAAUUCAAAUCGCUUCCAAACGCACACACAAUCGCUUUUAUUUUAUUGUCGUUACCUGAUGUGAACGGUGUACGCGUACGGUAUUCUUCUUGUCUCUUUGCCUGCCCCAUUGUCUUGGUCAAUCGCCAGUCCUAGUGCGUCGGCGUCGGUUCAUCUGUGAAAGAGCUGUGCCUUCAACUGUUCAAGCCCCAUUUGAAGAUCCCCCGGCGUCAUUGAAGUUGCUGAUUUUUCUCAAGAGCAUCGUCUCCUUUCUUAUUCUUUCUUUUUUCAAUCUCCUAUUCUCUGGGCAAACGGACAGCUCAUUUGGCUGAAAUUUGCAUGUGGGCGGGUAGUGUGCGGAAGGGCAUUCAGACAACAGCCGAAACCUUGCGUGGUUGCCGUUGAUCUCGAGUUGGCCGACAUGGCUGAAUUAACUGGCGAUCAAAGCGUCACGAUCGGAAAUGACGGUGGGACGGAUUUCAACUUCGAUUGGAUGACGGACAAUGGGACGUUUCAGCACAACAUUAGUUUCACACCGUCGAACUACACUGAUUGGAUACCCGAUAUUGGUGACAACAGAUCGUGGCUGUGCCCCUUGUGGAACGAAACGGAUGGCGGGGUGGGCAAUUCAUUCACUCCGUCGGCCUUUUUUCAGGUCAUCAUUUACAGUCUUUAUGGCGUGAUUUUCGUGCUGGCACUGGUCGGCAAUUUGGUGGUGUGCGCCGUCGUUUUCACAAGUAUCCGCAAGUGGACCGUGACUAACUUCUUUAUCGUCAACAUGGCGGCCGGUGAUAUAUUGAUGGCUUUCUUCUGCAUCCCGUUCACCUUUGUACCAACAUUUGUCUUACUUUAUUGGCCAUUCGGAGCAGCCAUGUGUCGAAUCGUUAGCUUCUCUCAGGCCGUCUCUGUUUUCGUCUCGGCCUAUACAAUGGUAGCCAUCAGUAGCGACCGCUACCUGGCCAUCGUCUACCCGCUUCGGCCCCGAAUGACGCGUAAACAGGCCAAGUGGAUCAUUGCUGCUGUUUGGUUAGCGGCCGUCUCAACCGCGUUGCCGAUGUUGAUUACAUCGAAAUUGGUCGUGCCAGUGGAGAGCAUGUGGCACCAAUGCGCCGACCGCUACAUCUGCAUGGAGGUGUGGGCGGACCCGAUGCAGAAGACUCAAUACACGGCCGUUCUCUUGCUGUUGCAAUACUGUUUCCCUUUGGCAGUUCUCGUCUUCACAUACGGAAGGAUCGGAGUCGAAAUUUGGGGUAAAAAAACACCGGGAGAAGCGCACCAACAUCGUGACCUGCGAUUGGCCCGCUCCAAGCGCAAGAUGAUCAAAAUGAUGAUCAUCGUCGUCUUCUUCUUUGCCUUUUGUUGGCUUCCGUUCAACCUCUUGCAGGUGAUCGGCGACCAUUACCAGGAAAUAUGGAGUUGGACGAAAAUCAACUACGUCGUUUUCGCGUGCCAUUGGCUGGCCAUGUCGCAUUCGGCCUACAAUCCUAUUAUCUACUGUUGUUUCAACUCAAAGUUCAGACAGGGUUUUCAAGUAUUGGGCGUGCGUUGUGGCUGUCUGAAGGAGAACGUGGAGUGGCUGAACGCGGGCGAUUGCGACUGUGGUGCUCACAGCGGCACGCAAGGGAGCGGCCAUGGCGAUCACGGUUGCGCCCCGCUGCAACGGGUCAACACCUACACGACGUGCGCUGGCGGCAACAAUUUAGGUCAGCACAGCAAGAACCCGUCGUGCCGGGUCCUGCUUCCCAGCAGCCACAACAACCAUCACGGAGCCAACAUUCACUUUGCGGGCCAAUCGGGUGCGCACAACCGCCACUACCAACACCAAACGAGCUGCAAAUCCAGCUCCUCGGCCCGUUUCCAGCACCAAGCGGAAGCCGGCGGCCAGCAGCAACGCGCAAAGUGUUGCUCCUCGUACAACAACAGUGCGAACACGCAACGCCGCUUCUCGCCGUCGUCAUCUGCGGCCGUUUGCGGCGCCAGCGUCAAUUACAACCGAUCCGCUUCUCGUCCGCCCAAGUUUGUCUUCCGCACCAAUUUCCCAACUCAAUCGUCGUGCCACCAACAGCAGCAGCAAUUGCUCUCUGGUGGGGAUGGUUCGCCCACGAGCAUCCAGUCCGCAGGCAACACCACGGCCGAAUCGCACAUUUGAAAGUGAGCGCGCAAGGCCACAAUAGCGGCCAUCUGGUACGACGGAAAUUCUUCACCAACAAUAGCCGGCCAAAUGAUAAGAACAAAAGAGAUCUGGCGUGCGAGCCGUCUCAUUCUUCGAGACUCUAGCACUAU